CUGUCACCGAGCAGGCUGGGAGCCGUUCACGUAUUCAGUGUGUUCUCAGUGGGACGCAGUGUCAGUCGCCAGGUAAACAGACAUGGAAGUAGGAAAAAAUGGAUUCCACGGAAAACAUAUUUCCAAGAUCCAAGAAGAAGAAAAAAUCUCGAAACUUGCGACGAUUCGCCGGGACAUUAGGGAUCCAUUAUUCAAAGGAAAGUUCAUCUAUACGAUGGGAAUCUACUUGGCGUCAUUAGCCGGGGGCUGGAUUAUUGGAAUCAAAGGACCGGCCUUUAUGGACUUGCAGCAGCUUGUAGGUGUGGGAACAAGCAAAGGUGCGGCAUUUUUCACAGCCGCCGGAGUAGGGGGCGUGGUCGGGUCCCUUGUGGGCGGAGCUCUGUACGACCGAUUCAACCAAUACCUGGUGUUGUUUGUGUCCAUGCUGCUGUACGGAGUAACGUGCGCGCUGAUUCCCUUGUGCAGGGAGUAUUGGUUGAUGGUGCUCGUGUUUCUUCUCCACGAGAUGUCGACAGGUGCAGUGCGGUCAGGGUCUAACGUGGAGAUCGUGAAUGUGUGGGGUGCGGGGGCGUCUAAGCCCUACAUGCAGGGCCUGCAUUUCAGCUUCUCGCUCGGAGCCGCCAUCUCGCCCCUGUCUCUUGAACCCUUUCUGUCAACAAUACCCUCCCGACUCGACGAAACUGUGAUGAACACCACAUAUCCACGAACAUCUGAGAUAAACACGAUAGUCUCUACACAGCCCACAAAUCCAGAGUCAAAAAUAUUUUACGGGUUUCUCAUCGCAGCUGUCAUAGGUUGCCUGUCUUCUUUGGUCUUCCUAGCGAAAUACUUCACCACAAAGAUAUCACGCGGAAGCUCACAUCAGGUGAAUGUCAGCGAAGUAGGAAUAAUGAUGGAGACGAAGGAUGGAGACAGGAUGAAAAUCCAAGACGUGUCCACGGAUGAUGAAAAACACGACGAGGAGGUUGCCAAGAACAUCACGAGGCGUCCCAUUCCUAAAUGCGUCAUCGUCGGUGCUGUGGGCCUUUUCUUCGCCUUGUAUUUCUUUCUGGACGAGGUAGAGGACACGACACCGUCCUUCAUGGCCACGUUCGUGGUGGAGCAGUUCAAACAGGACAAGAAAUUUGGAACUCGAGUCACGGCGGCUUUCUUCGCGUCCUACUGCGCAGGUCGUGGUGUGGGGAUGUUGAUAAUCGGCUUCAUCACGCACGUCCAGCUGUUUUCCAUCUGCAGCGUUUCGCUCAUCCUCGGCCACGUCUGUCUUUUCCUCUCGGGUUGGUUUCUGUGGGAAUGGGGGUUGUGGGUGGGCGUCAUCGUCAUCGGUUUGGCCAUAUCGGUGAUCUUCCCGGCCAGCCUUACGUGGACAGAGAAGGAGCUGACCCAUCUGUCAGGGAAGCUGGUGGGCUCCGUGUAUAUCGCGCUGUAUGCUGGCGGGCUGGGCAACCCUCAGGUGAUCGGAGCAACCAUGGAGAUGUACAGUCCACUGUGGUACAAUUACGUCUUGCUGACAGAGGCGGUAUGUUUCGCGUUCGUCUUUGUCAUACUGGUGAUAUACGUCAAAAAGGUCAUUCACAAAUACAAACUUCCUACAGAAACGAAAUAAAAUUUACAUCCUAGGCCUUCCAUUGAAGGGACAUUCCUGAGUUUAAUGCACGUUUUAAGAUGUUAUCGACUAACAGAGACUGUUUAACGAUUGUAAUUACAUAUAAAAUAUAGUUUUCUGCACAAAAUAUUACUGGCUGUAUAUUAAACGUGUUUCUGAAUCAGAAUGAUUUGGCUUUGUUUCAAAUACACUGAACAUACCCUAAGAUAGCUUAGAAGUUGUGGUAUGAAUACAUCACAAGCUGAAGCAGAAGGUACAUUGCUUGACAUAAAGGGGCAAUUCACUACUGGAAAGUUCAAGUUAUCCCUUUUGUCAUACAUAUUAGUUUGGAGGCAUCUGUCGCUUUGAAUAGCUAUGCAUAGAUCGAAGUGUGAAACUAUUUAAUACCUUCAGGUUUUUCUUUUAUAUCUACCUCUUGUGAGUAAAUCACUGGAAGACAAUCUGUUAUUCUGCUAUAAUACCUUCAGGUGUUUCUUUUAUUUCUAACUCUUGUGAGUAAAUCACUGGAAGGCAAUCUGUUAUUCUGCUAUAAUACCUUCAGGUGUUUCUUUUAUUUCUACCUCUUGUGAGUAAAUCACUGGAAGGCAAUCUGUUAUUCUGCUAUAAUACCUUCAGGUGUUUCUUUUAUUUCUACCUCUUGUGAGUAAAUCAUUGAAAGGCAAUCUGUUAUUCUGCUAUAAUACCUUCAGGUGUUUCUUUUAUUUCUACCUCUUGUGAGUAAAUCAUUGAAAGGCAAUCUGUUAUUCUGCUAUAAUACCUUCAGGUGUUUCUUUUAUUUCUACCUCUUGUGAGUAAAUCAUUGGAAGGCAAUCUGUUAUUCUGCUAUAAUACCUUCAGGUGUUUCUUUUAUUUCUACCUCUUGUGAGUAAAUCAUUGAAAGGCAAUCUGUUAUUCUGCUAUAAUACCUUCAGGUGUUUCUUUUAUUUCUACCUCUUGUGAGUAAAUCAUUGGAAGGCAAUCUGUUAUUCUGCUAUAAUACCUUCAGGUGUUUCUUUUAUUUCUACCUCUUGUGAGUAAAUCAUUGAAAGGCAAUCUGUUAUUCUGCUAUAAUACCUUCAGGUGUUUCUUUUAUUUCUACCUCUUGUGAGUAAAUCACUGGAAGGCAAUCUGUUAUUCUGCUAUAAUACCUUCAGGUGUUUCUUUUAUUUCUACCUCUUGUGAGUAAAUCAUUGAAAGAUAAUCUGUUAUUCUGCUAUAAUACCUUCAGGUGUUUCUUUUAUUUCUACCUCUUGUGAGUAAAUCAUUGAAAGAUAAUCUGUUAUUCUGCUAUAAUACCUUCAGGUGUUUCUUUUAUUUCUACCUCUUGUGAGUAAAUCAUUGAAAGGCAAUCUGUUAUUCUGCUAUAAUACCUUCAGGUGUUUCUUUUAUUUCUACCUCUUGUGAGUAAAUCACUGGAAGGCAAUCUCUUAUUCUGCUAUAAUACCUUCAGGUGUUUCUUUUAUUUCUACCUCUUGUGAGUAAAUCAUUGAAAGACAAUCUGUUAUUCUGCUAUAAUACCUUCAGGUGUUUCUUUUAUUUCUACCUCUUGUGUGUAAAUCAUUGAAAGAUAAUCUGUUAUUCUGCUAUAAUACCUUCAGGUGUUUCUUUUAUAUCUACCUCUUGUGAGUAAAUCAUUGAAAGGCAAUCUGUUAUUCUGCUAUAAUACCUUCAGGUGUUUCUUUUAUUUCUACCUCUUGUGAGUAAAUCAUUGAAAGGCAAUCUGUUAUUCUGCUGUUAUUGAAUAAUUAAAUUUCAGUUACAAUCAUUACAAUAUAACGUCAUCCCAUUGGUCCAGACGU